AUGCCAUUGAAAUACCGUAAGCUGCAGAAAAAGAUCGAUGCCCCCUCGAAGGCAACAUUGAAUGGCUUAGAAAAUGAUGCUGCACCAUCGAAACGUUCGCGUGCUCGAAAGCCAAAAGUCCGCAGUGGCUGCAUGACUUGCAAGAUUCGCCGAGUAAAAUGUGAUGAGGGGAAACCCACUUGCCAAAGAUGCAGUUUAAGUAGCUGUCAAGGGUCGGCAUCACAACAUGGCACAUUUGACAUUAGGCGUACAGGCGAGACAUUUGGCUUAAAAUGCGACGGUUAUACCAACCAAUCAGCACGCAUAUCUGAACCUAUCGAGAUUUGCAAAGCCGUUCUUCUAGGACGGCCUCUCUUACCCCGUCGGAACCCCCAGUCGAUUAUUCUUGAUCCGCAGGAUGCUUUGUAUUUUGAUCUAUUCCGGACCAACUUAGUCGAUGAUCUUUCAGGCUACUGUUGGUCAGACUUCUGGUCGCACGUAGUACUCUGUGAGAGUAUGCAAGACACCUGUGUUCGAGAAUCUAUACUCGCAAUUUCCGCACUUUGGAUUGCUGUCACUCUUGAUUCUCAGCAUUGCAGACCACGGCAGUUGUUAAAGUAUCAGUGGACUUCUGGAACCAUGUUAAAUAGUCAUCACGCCACCGCCACAAGCCACUUCAUCAAAGCACUUUCAUUAUUCAGGAACAGAGUCGAAACUGAGCCAAAUAGCUUAUCUCCGAGAUUAGUGCUCAUCACGUCAAUUCUUUUUAUCACAUUUGAGAUGUUACAAGGCAAUACAAAGUCUGCCGACCAUCUUAUUACAAGCAGCAUCAAUCUACUCAGGGGAACUCUUCAAUUGUAUCGGCGAGAGACGGGUUCAAUCCGCCUGACACCGUUUGCUGCACAUUCUAUUAAUGAUAUGGAGGAUAUAGAGCAGUUCCUCCCUUUUUUAUCCAUAAUGAGUGCAUUUACACCGUUCUGCGCAUCUCAAUCGGCCAAUAUCGUUCUCUGGGAUAUCUCAAAGGGCCUCAACCUCCAAGAAACUGGUUAUUUCAGCACCACAAAACUUCAAACCCAGUGGAAUAAAUUCUACACUUGCACUGCUGCUUUUAUUGGACACUCAUUGGAGAUCCAAAUGCAAGCUACCACUCCCACACCCGCCCUCAAAACCCGACAGCAGGCUAUCCUCGCACAACUUCGCAUUUGGAAGAGGGAGCUUGCCUCGCGCUGCUCAGGGGGUGAUAUUCCAACUAAGCGAACACUGCAGGUUCUUCGAAUCCAACACUUGAUGCUAUGGAUAUGCGUGUCUUCAUGCCUUGAUACUACCGAGAUGGCCUUUGACGAGCAUGAGAAUAAUUUCCAAAUCCUCUUAGAGCGAUGUGCCGUGUUUCUGCAUGAAUCGCGUCCAAGAUACCCCUUCACACUCGGCACCUCGGUUUUAAGCGCAUUAGGGAUAGUGAUCGUCAAGUGCCGCGUACAUAAUAUACGCAUGAUGGCAGCUAUGCUACUAAAUCAAGUUUCAUGGCGAGAGGGUGCAUGGGACGCUACAUUGAUGCUUUAUGGAAAACUAGGCGUAGUUUUAUUAGAGGAGCAGGCGCAAGCAGACAAAGAUCCGAUUUCUCCAAAUCAUCGCUGGACUUGGACUUCUGCCGAGUGUGAUAUCCAGAACGGGAGGCUCAUUGCAAAGUAUAUGAGGGCCACUCCUGACAAGGCAGGGCAAUCUGUCUAUACAAAACUGGUAAUGAGUCUUGACAAUUGUCUCGAUGUUUGUUCCGAAAUCGGCUGUUUUGUCAAUCAUGCUUCUGAUAGUGAGAGAUUGCACACCAUGGUAUCUGAUAAGGAAUAUAGAACUAUGCAGAGACAUUCGAAACCUCGUUCAUGUUGA